GAGCUGAGCCCAGCCCAGCCCAGCCCAGCCCAUCCCAGCCCAGCCCAGCCCAGCCCCGGGCGGCCGAGCCCCAGCCGCGCCGCUGAAGGGCACCGGCGGCGAGGCUUCUUCCCUGCGCUCGCCCCGCAGCAUGGAGGCUGGGAAGCGCAGCUCCGCCGGCAGCCGGGACGAUGGCAACGCUAACGCCUUCCCCGCCAAGCCGGCGGCCCCGGCGGAGAAAGCCCAGAGCAGCCCCGGCGGCGGGGGCAGCGGCGUGAAGGAGCAUGGCAACUCGGUGUGCUUCAAAGUGGACGGCGGCGGGGGCGAGGAGCCUGUGGUGGGCUUCGAGGAUGCCGAGGGGCCCCGGCGGCAGUACGGUUUCAUGCAGCGGCAGUUCACCUCCAUGCUGCAGCCGGGAGUCAACAAAUUCUCCCUCCGCAUGUUCGGCAGCCAGAAGGCGGUGGAGAAGGAGCAGGAAAGGGUUAAAACUGCAGGGUUCUGGAUCAUCCACCCCUACAGCGACUUCAGGUUUUACUGGGACUUAAUCAUGCUCAUAAUGAUGGUUGGAAACCUUGUCAUUAUACCAGUUGGAAUCACAUUCUUCACAGAGCAAACAACAACACCAUGGAUUAUUUUCAAUGUGGCAUCAGACACUGUUUUUCUAUUGGACUUGAUCAUGAAUUUUAGAACUGGGACUGUAAAUGAAGACAGUUCUGAAAUAAUACUGGACCCUAAAAUCAUUAAAAUGAAUUACUUAAAAAGCUGGUUUGUGGUUGACUUCAUCUCAUCAAUACCAGUGGAUUAUAUCUUUCUCAUUGUAGAAAAAGGAAUGGAUUCAGAGGUUUACAAGACAGCAAGAGCACUUCGUAUUGUGAGAUUUACAAAAAUCCUCAGCCUGUUACGUUUAUUACGCCUUUCAAGACUGAUUAGAUAUAUACAUCAGUGGGAAGAGAUUUUCCACAUGACAUAUGAUCUGGCCAGUGCUGUGGUAAGAAUCUUUAAUCUGAUUGGAAUGAUGCUGCUGCUGUGCCACUGGGAUGGUUGUCUGCAGUUUUUAGUACCAUUACUCCAGGAUUUCCCACCAGAUUGCUGGGUGUCGCUAAACGGUAUGGUUAAUGAUUCCUGGGGAAAGCAGUACUCAUAUGCACUCUUCAAAGCCAUGAGCCAUAUGCUCUGCAUUGGUUAUGGAGCCCGCGCCCCUGUCAGCAUGUCUGACCUCUGGAUAACCAUGUUGAGUAUGAUUGUGGGUGCAACUUGUUAUGCCAUGUUUGUUGGUCACGCCACUGCCCUCAUUCAGUCCCUGGAUUCCUCACGGCGACAAUAUCAAGAAAAGUACAAACAAGUGGAACAGUACAUGUCAUUCCACAAGUUACCUGCUGAAAUGCGACAGAAGAUCCAUGAUUACUAUGAGCAUCGCUACCAAGGCAAGAUCUUUGAUGAAGAAAACAUUUUGAAUGAGCUCAAUGAUCCCCUCAGGGAGGAGAUUGUCAACUUCAACUGUCGGAAGCUGGUUGCUACUAUGCCUCUUUUUGCUAAUGCAGACCCGAAUUUUGUGACUGCCAUGCUAAGCAAACUGCGAUUUGAAGUGUUCCAACCUGGAGAUUAUAUUAUCCGAGAAGGGGCUGUGGGGAAAAAGAUGUAUUUCAUUCAGCACGGUGUUGCUGGUGUGAUCACCAAAUCCAACAAGGAGCUGAAACUGACAGAUGGCUCUUACUUUGGAGAGAUUUGCCUUUUGACCAAGGGCCGUCGAACUGCCAGUGUACGAGCAGACACAUACUGUCGCCUGUAUUCUCUCUCAGUGGACAACUUCAACGAGGUUCUGGAAGAGUACCCCAUGAUGAGAAGAGCCUUUGAAACAGUGGCAAUUGAUAGACUUGACAGGAUAGGGAAGAAGAACUCAAUCCUCCUGCAGAAGUUCCAGAAGGACCUCAACACCGGGGUGUUCAACAACCAGGAGAACGAGAUCUUGAAGCAGAUCGUGAAGCAUGACCGAGAGACGGUGCAGACCAUCGCCCCGGUGAGCUUGCAGCAGAUGCCCGUCCUGAACUCCAGCACCUCCGCCUCGUCGUCGCGCAACAGGAUGCAGUCCCCUCCCGUGUACACUGCCAGCAGCCUGCCCCACGGAAACCUGCACUCCCCCUCGCCCAGCACGCAGACCCCGCAGCAGGCCGUCAUCCUCUCGCCCUGCUCCUACACCACCGCCAUCUGCAGCCCACCGGUACAGAGCCCUCUGGCCGGCCGAACUUUCCAGUACUCCUCUCCAACCGCCUCACAGCUCUCCCUCAUGCAGCAGCAGCAGCCACAGGUGCCCCAGCAGCCCCCGGGGGCCGCGCAGAAGAACGAGGUCCACAAGAGCACCCAGGCCCUCCACAACACCAACCUGACGCGGGAGGUGCGGCCCCUCUCUGCCUCGCAGCCUUCCCUGCCCCACGAGAUCUCCACCCUGAUCGCCCGGCCUCACCCCACCGUGGGGGAAUCCCUCGCCUCCCUCCCGCAGCCUGCCCCCAGCCCCAGCGUGCCCCUGGCUGGCCGGGCCACCGUCCCCCAGCGCGUCUCGCUGUUCCGACAGAUGUCCUCGGGAGCCAUCCCCCCAAACCGGGGGGCCGUGCCGCCCUCAGCCCACCUGCAAAGGGAUUCUUCCACAGUCUUAAGCACAGAGCCCGAGGGAGACAAACCACGGUUCGCGUCAAACUUAUGAUCCCUGGUAACUGUGAGCAACAGACUUGUAAUGAACCAAGCGCUGUCCCCAGAACUGUUUUAGCCUGUUUCCUAAUGUACCCCAGCAGUCUACUAUGAGAAAAAUACUUUAGACAGCUUUGCCCUACGUAACGAAUGUAAAAAUUAUAUAUAUAUAUAAAUAUAUAUAUAUAUAUAAAAAAAAUAAAAAAACUUGUUUGAAUUCAUAUCUUCCUUUCUUGCAUUAAAGAAGUCUAAAUUCAGCUGUGAUAUUUUUAACAUGUUGACUUUAAAAUCAGUCUAACGUAUUUCUCUGUUUAUGAGGUUUGCUGUUUUCAUGGUAAAAGUGUCAACACAAUAACAAACUUCAAACGAGUGUAUAUUAAAAAAAAGAGAAAUAUCAAUCUACCUGACAUAGCCCUGAUCAAGUGGUAUUUUGAAACCUUUGUUAUUUCAUUUAUUGCAUACACGUUAAUUUCUUGUGAAGAAUUUAGUUUUUCCAUUGCAUUUCAUAUGUUAGCACUUUCUGUUGGGAAUUAGAUUGUAAAAGAAAUAAAUUGCAAACACCUGCAGUCAAAAAGCUGGCACUGGCACUCCUCUGGAUAGGUUUAAUACUCAUGACAUGUCAACCCUUCUGUUGUUUCAGAAAACUGGGUGGACUUUGAUACUCACUUUGCUGAAGACUUUUACAAAGACUAUAGAAAUGCCAUUGUAAAUAACUUUUUAGACCCAAGCAAAAAUAGCUGCUGUGUGGUGUACCAUUGCAAGGUCUUUGUUUGGGAAUUUAGGUUCUGCUCUUCACUUCAAAAUUUACAGUUUUAAAAUUUGUUAAAGCUAAGUACAACACAACUAUUGAAUUGUAAUACAAUGGCUUUAAACCUACAGUGUUACUUUUACAUGCAAUGUUUUAUGCAAAAUUGUACGCUUGAUCCUGCAUAUUGCUUGUACUUCACCAAUACCAUCACUUCUCUUCUCCUUGUCCUCAAUAGCAUCUGAGAAUAUUCCAUGCAUGCUUUGGAAAAAAAAAUAAAAAAUGAUAAAAAUAGGUUCAGUCAGCCGUUGUAGGAAAAGGCUUUACAGUAUCUUAGAAAAUAAUAACCAUUCAUUAAUUGUGUCUACCUUAAAAUUCCUAUAAUGCUGACUUUGAAUCUCUGGUUUAAGUCUAGAAGAGAGGUUUUUCACUUAAAGGAUUAUUUGUAAACCACAGCUUGAUUUAGGCUUUCAGGUGCUUUCUGUGUCUUCACUGUAGUUUUGUAGUUGACUGUGGUGUUAAUUUACAAAAAUAAAUAUAAUAUAGCAUCAGGUCUGUCAGGAAAUGCACGAUUUGCUCUGUGUAUAUCGUAAUUAAAUGGUUAGUAUAUCCUAAAGCAUGUAGUGUCAAACAUAACCCAUAGGUACGAAGUUUAUUAUUUUUUAUGUCUUCAAAACAGAAAGGAAAUGGUGACAGAAAGCAGGGUUAAAGCAUACUGUUUUGUGAGUGUUUUGUUUUGUUUGCUCAAACCUUCACGUUAUCUUAUCCACAAAAAAAGUUCUUUCAUAAUCAUUUGUGCCUGAUUUGUCACAUUGAAUAGAUUGAAACUGUGUCAUAAUUUAACUGAUUGAAAAAAUAACAUUAUGGAUAUGAUACAAACAUAUAUUCUGUUCCUUUAAAACUCAGCUGACUCAUGUUAAGGAAGUAAAUGCAAAGGAGUUCUUUUCCCAUUAAUGCUGAGUUUAACAAUGCAUGGCAAAAUUAAAUAACAUCACAAACUACUUAAUGCAGUGAAUCCAGAUGUACUUGAGAGCCAAGUAAAUAUUCUAAAGCUAACAGAGCUUGAACCCAUGCUGCCUGUUACGCCUUUUACUAAAGUGGUACAUCAAAUAAAAAUUUAAGAAAAAUCUUCCAGUUUUUGCUGACUCCCACUCACCAGUAAAAAUCAAUGUAAUCAACCCAUUAACAUGAUGCUGCCAUUAAUUUAAGGGGCCCAGAGUAGUAAAUGGGGAAGUGAUUGUUUAAAAGUGUUUGGAACAUUAUGGAUACGCUGCAAGACCAUUUAUUAAUCAGUACAAUAUCCCUUAUAUUAUUUUAAUACUAACAAAUUCUGUCAGUUAAUUAAGAUCAUAUACUGAUCUUUCAAACUCUUUAAGGUUUACAUUUGAUAGGAGAAAUGGGGUUAGUAGUGAAAUAUUUUUAUAUAUAUUUUUAUUUUAUUUUAAGCACUAAGAUGAAAUAUUAAUUCACAUGGUCUUUCAGUGAAACCAUAAAUAAUUUUUAAUGACUUUGUAAUAGAGUGGACAAUAUCUAGGAUUUGUAUGUUAAUUUAAAAAAGUGGUACAGGGUAUAAUAUUAUAUACGUAUAUAUAUAUAUAUGUAUGUAUGAGUGUACAUAGAUUAAGAAACAAAUGACUCACAUUCCUGUAAUAUAAAGGUCUGUUGCUAGUUUCAGAACUGACCUAUUUUCUCUGUACAUAAGUAAGCCCAUAAGUAUGAAAUCUCACAUCUGUACAGGAUGAAAUGUAUUAAUGAAAAAUGUUGGAUCUUACUGCUGCUGAGAAGACUAUAGAGCUGAUUCUUACAAUAACUGUAUGAUCGGGGAUGAGUUAGAUUUUUUCUUUUGUCUUUGCUGAAAGCCAUAAAUAAAUAUAUAUAAAAGAUUA